AUGAAAGCUGGGUUCUACUCUCAGAUUGGAAAUGGCAAAAACACAUUCUUAUGGGCUGAUCCUUGGGUUGCAGGGCUACCUUAUCUUCACCCUGUACCUCUUAGCUCUUCUAUUUACCAAGAGAUGGCAAAAGUGAGUGACCUCUUAAAUGAAGCUGGAUCAGCAUGGAAUUCUGAGCUGAUUCUCAAAUCCUUCCCCCCUCAUGAAGCACACCUAAUUCUCCACACUUCUGUCAGCAGAGGAGACCAAGAGGACAAAUGGUCAUGGAAGUUUUCAAAGAAUGGCAGGAGAAUCUUCUGGUUUCAAUGUCUCCUCAGAGACGACCCCACCACCACUUCCAUCUUCUUGAUCAACGGCCUCACGAUUACCAGUGAAAUUAACGGCCACGAUGGCAUCAAUCCUCUCCUGCAACGCUAUCGCCUUGCGAAUCACAGCCUUCCUGCAAACCCUAACCCCCAAAUCCACCCCACAAAUCGAAUCGAGCUUGAACAGGAGAGACAUCAGGCUCUCGUUCAUCCUCAAGCGCUCCUUCUCGUCCCUUCGAACCAGAUCCAAAACGUCCUCCUCCGACAGCCUCCCCUCGAUCUCAUCCACCUUACACUUGAUAUCCUUAAUCUUCUUCAGGCAUUUACGAACCAGAAAGCCCCUGAAAACCUUCUGUAUCUUAACGGCGGACCCCGAGCGAUCCACCUGUCCCGAUCCGACGAACUGAACCGGGAUCCGAACGACUUUCCCUCUCUCCGGCCGGCGCUGGACCGGCGGCCGGGAGGCAAGGCGGGUUUCCAGUGGAUCGAGAUGGUGAGCAGGCACGCCGCCGUACGAAGGGGUGGGGAAGAAAGGGUACCAACCGCCGUAUGUGAGAAAUGGAUUCUCCAUGUCUGA